UGUUCUAGCUCUAAUCAUAUAUUUGGUUGAUAGUGAAUAAAGCUUCAGUGUUGCCACUUUUCAACUUCCAACAACCAAGGUUCAUGUCUGAACUCGACGACCAGAUUCCAACUGCCUUCGACCCUUUUGCAGAGGCAAAUGCUGACGACUCGGGUGCUGGUACAAAAGAGUAUGUGCAUGUCCGUGUACAGCAGCGAAAUGGUAGGAAAAGCCUGACAACAGUACAGGGUUUGAAGAAGGAAUUCAGCUACAAUAAGAUCCUCAAGGACCUCAAGAAAGAAUUCUGCUGCAAUGGGACCGUUGUCCAGGACCCAGAGCUAGGCCAGGUAAUUCAGCUCCAAGGUGAUCAGCGGAAGAAUGUGUCCACCUUCCUUGUUCAGGCUGGAAUUGUGAAGAAGGAACACAUCAAGAUUCAUGGUUUUUGAGCAGGUCCUUUAACAGCAUUGGCAACUGGAGUAAUCUCUAUCUAUUUAGGUGUUUGUGCACACCAAGAACUCUAGUAUCUGGACUAGGAAAAUAUAUAACAUACCAUAGAUCUAUACUCUUGAAUGAUUUGCUACUCUACAUAUGAUGCUUUAGGUCAUCUUUCUCAACCUUCUUUUGUAAUGUGUGGAAAGUAUGGGUUGUUCGUUGGCCUUUAUCAUUAUUUAUAAUAACAGCUACCGAAGGGUACACAGAUCAUUCCC